CCGUAGUAAGUACACAAUAUUUAAACCCUCAGCAAAUUCACCAAAUUAGGGUUUUUUCUCUGCAAUUUUAGGCGCCUCCUCUUUCUUUCCUUCACUUCAGUUGCCCUAGUUCAAGAUGGCGGAAGUGGAAACAUUGGUGCCUGUUUCAGCUUCGACCGAAACUUAUCAGCCUGAAGUCAAGCUCUUUGGCAAAUGGGGCUACGAAGAUGUCCAGGUCACGGAUCUUGCCCUGGCUGAUUACGUUGCUGUAUCUGCAGUAAAGCAUGCCACCUUUGUGCCUCACACCUCUGGUAGAUACCAGAUGAAGCGAUUUAGAAAGGCUCAAUGCCCCAUUGUUGAGAGGCUUACUAACUCUCUCAUGAUGCAUGGGCGUAACAAUGGUAAAAAGCUGAUGGCGGUUCGUAUUGUGAAGCAUGCUAUGGAGAUUAUCUACCUCUUGACUGACUUGAACCCCAUUCAAGUUAUUGUUGAUGCCGUCAUCAACAGUGGACCAAGAGAAGAUGCCACUAGGAUUGGAUCAGCUGGUGUUGUUAGACGUCAGGCUGUUGAUAUCUCUCCAUUGAGGCGGGUGAAUCAGGCAAUAUAUCUCCUGACAACAGGAGCCCGUGAGAGUGCUUUCAGGAACAUUAAGACUAUUGCUGAGUGCCUUGCAGAUGAACUCAUUAAUGCUGCCAAGGGAUCAUCAAACAGUUACGCAAUCAAGAAGAAGGAUGAGAUUGAAAGAGUUGCAAAGGCCAACCGUUAAGUUCAGUAUUUGGAGUUCUGCUACAGAUAUUUUGUUUUCUCUGCAAUUUUGAAAACCUAGGUUCGUCAAGAAUCAGAUGUAUGUUGAUUCUUUCAGAUAGUUUGCAUAAUUUGUAAUGUUGGAGAAGUAGAUUUAUUGAAGCUAGGUAUGAAUGAACCUUCAAAAUCUGUCAUGCUUGUUUCUCUAUUGGAUAUUGAUCGAGUUUAAAUGGAUAUUUAGCAUGAGCUGAUAAUCUAUUACUAUUGAUUUUA